GAGCUGCUCUUCAGCUGAAUGGUAAGAAGCUUGUCUUUGAGUCGCAUAGCCUGCGGAUCACACCCAGCCCUCGCCUCUCCAUUCAACUCAAUGGGCUGAGACGCAGCUCCCAGUGUCAGUAUUACUGACUCAUCAGCAGCUAGGAGGAGAUCCGUUACAUUAGCAAUGCCCUGUGCUCCCGUAUUCGUGAAACACAGCGUGUCCGGAGUGAACUGCUGUAAACGCUUCAGGUCACACAGUUACUGUAUCGUUGAGCUGCUCCCUGCCUCCUAACCCCUUCCUGUGUUGUGGGUCAGUCUCAUGGAUCAGUAUUGUGUGCCGAGGUGUGCUUACUGUGCGACCGUACUGUUCUCUUCAGAAAGGCCUCUAGGAGUGAAGCAGGAAGUGUCGACCUGGCUGAACUGUGCUUGUGUAAACUCUGGCCUGUGUUGACAACACUGACUUCAGCUGUUGCUAAGCAACCAAAACCACCAGCCUUUCUUAACUAAGCCAGCAUUGCGAGACUGAAGAAACAGAACAAUGCCUUCUACAGCGUUUAUGAGAUGGCAGAUUCCGGAACGGUACCUGAAGCUUCCAGAACUCACCGCCGCUUCACAGGUACCGCCCCCUUCACCUGUGGUUCUACAGCCCCGCCUACAGCAGCACAAGAUCCUCCCACUGGCCUUGAUAGAAUUCUAACUCCUCCUCUAUCAGUGCAGGCCCCUCCCACACCACGCUGCAGGUCCCAGGCACCGCCCCUUCCUCCAGUGCAGAGCACAAAUGGACUAUUCCCAGCCAUCCAUGAGAGCCAACGAGGGCCAAAGACUGUACCAUCGGCAGAACAGAGAGGGGGGUUGACUGAACUUCAUAAAGACAGUCGCCCCGCUUCUAAGAAUGGAGGAAGUCUGGUCAAACCGGGAACAGCUGUAGAAACAGCGCCCUCUGUGGCUGAUAAAGAGAACACAAGCAGGGCCGGCGGCUCACAGCACAAUCUGAUGGGGCCACAAUCCCCCGGCUCUGUCCAGCGGCUGCCCCCGGACCCCCUGAAGAGUGCGGCCCCCCGGUUCUCCCGCCUGCGUCUGCUGACCCCCAACACCCGAGCCCAGCGCCACCUUUACCAGACCUGGCACAGCCUGCCUGAGCGGCACUGCGGGGACCCAGGGAACCAGGGCUCCAUGUUCACUGUGCUGCACCGGAGCCAGGCUGCCAGCUUCACCAUCCACCCAGAGUGGGUAUAGCACCCCGACAGCUUCACCAUCCACCCCGAGAGGGUACAGCACCCCGACAGCUUCACCAUCCACCCCGAGUGGGUAUAGCACCCCGACAGCCUCACCGUCCACCCCGAGAGGGUGCAGCACCCCGACAGCCUCACCAUCCACCCCGAGAGGGUGCAGCACCCCGACAGCCUCACCGUCCACCCCGAGAGGGUACAGCACCGCGACAGCCUCACCGUCCACCCCGAGAGGGUACAGCACCGCGACAGCCUCACCGUCCACCCAGAGAGGGUGCAGCACCCCGACAGCCUCACCAUCCAUCCCGAGAGGGUACAGCACCCCGACAGCCUCACCAUCCACCCCGAGAGGGUGCAGCACCCCGACAGCCUCACCGUCCACCCCGAGAGGGUACAGCACCCCGACAGCCUCACCGUCCACCCCGAGAGGGUACAGCACCCCGACAGCCUCACCGUCCACCCCGAGAGGGUGCAGCACCCCGACAGCCUCACCGUCCACCCCGAGAGGGUGCAGCACCGCGACAGCCUCACCGUCCACCCAGAGAGGGUGCAGCACCCCGACAGCCUCACCAUCCACCCCGAGAGGGUGCAGCACCCCGACAGCCUCACCAUCCACCCCGAGAGGGUGCAGCAUAUGGAUAAUAAUUUAGAUCUUUUAGUUAACAUCAUGUAGUAGUAACAGUAGUACAGUAUUUUUCCAUUUUUGUCAGUUUUCCCGUUAAGUACAUGGAAAACUACAAAGCGGUGUGUAAUUCUAUAUGUUAAUGUAACAUUAUUCAGCAGGUUUCAUUUAACUUCUUGAAGCAGAAUUUGUUCGUUCUACAGGGCGAUGCAAAAACGUUUGGCCAGAGUUGUAAUGCACCCUCCCAUCUAUGCACUAGGCUAUUUGUGCAAUUGUUUUAACUGAUGGAUAACUUGAGUGGUCUUUGAAUACCGGUAUCAAAAAUAAACACAAAUUACAACCA